AUGGAGGCCUCAGAUGGGCGAGAGGGUGAAGGGGACGAGCCUCUAGAGAAGGUGGCAGCUAUACCCUACUUAGAGGAGAGCUUCAGCACCAUCCCUGCUAGAGUCUCCCUGGUGUGCCAUGCCAUGGGCCUCAGCCAGGAUGCCUUCAAAAUUUGUAAAGAAUAUCUGAGGCCACUGAAGAAGUUCCUGCGAAAGUUGCACCUGCCCAAGGACGUUCCCAAGAAGAAGCAGCUAAAGUACAUGAAGCAGAGCCUGGUGGUCCUAGGGGAUCACAUCAGUGCCUUUCUGCAGCACUACUGCCAAGCCUGGGAAAUCAAGCACUGGAGGAAGAUGCUCUGGCGAUUUGUCUCCCUCUUUUCAGAACUGGAGGCAAAGCAGCUCCGCAGGCUCUACAAGCACACCAAGAGCAAACAGCUGGCCAAGUUUCUGGUGGUGUCCUGCCCCUUGGACACCUUGGAGAGCUGCUUGAUGGCUGGCCAGGAGGACAAUCUGCCCAAGCUCUGCGAUGCUUGGGGGCUGCACGGUAACCUCAGCAGCAUGAAGGCGAGGCUGUCCGAGAUGCAGGCCCCCAACUGUGGGGCCUCCCUGCCGGAGGAGCCAAGAGCCCAGGGCCACGUCGGGAGAGAUUCUUUGAGGACACUUCUGCAGAAAACAAGACCCAGGAGAAAGAGGAUUAAGGAAGCCCCAGAAACUCCAGAGGCCUCCCAAUAAGAAGACCCAGCUGG